CUCACUUUCACACGGCAAACGAUCUAAAACUCAGUUCAGUUCACUCUUUCUUUCAGUUCUUUACCUAAUCCAUUCGUUCAUUUCAAUUAUUCAAAACAAAUCAAUAAAUCUUGCGAACUUUGUUGAAUUGAAUUUGUGUUUAUUAUAAUUUAGCGAAAAUGUAGAAUAAUUGAGUAACACGACUUGAAAAUUUUAGAAUAAUCGUAUACUAACUAAGCACCAUUUUUCUCCCUAAAGUUACGUUGCAGUUUGCUUCAAACAUUAUUUUCAAUCGCAACAAAAUGUUGGGGCGGAAACAAAGCUUAAAAGGGGAGCAGGUCCUGGCGGACUAUGGCCCAGAAGAAUCGCUAAAUGAAAGUGCUGAUAUAGAAUGGGUAAAUAAAUUGUGGGUGAGGCGGAUAUUAAGACUUUGUGCACUUUUAAGUUUAGUAUCAGUUUCUUUAAACACACCAAAGUCUUUUGAGAAAUAUCCCUUUCUUCAGAUAAUUACUUUUGCAGUAGAUUGUAGUGUCACACUCUUUUUUACGGCAGAAAUGAUAGCGAAAAUGCAUAUAAGAGGAAUUUUGAAGGGAGAUGUGGCAUAUUUAAAGGACCACUGGUGCCAAUUUGAUGCCUCCAUGGUAUUCUUCCUGUGGGUGUCUGUCCUCCUACAGAUGUUUGAGUUGACUGCUAUUGUGCCAAGAUACAGUUACCUGAGUAUUUUGAGAGCUCCCAGACCUCUGAUCAUGAUUAGGUUCCUGAGAGUGUUUUUGAAGUUUUCUAUGCCAAAAUCCAGAAUCAACCAGAUAUUCAAGAGAUCAAGUCAGCAGAUAUACAAUGUGACUCUAUUUUUUCUAUUCUUCAUGUCUUUGUAUAGUUUAUUGGGAGUACAAUUUUUUGGGGAACUUACUCACCAUUGUGUUAGGAAUACUACUGACCCAUAUGCCAUCACCAUAAAUUCGCUGGCCAUUCCCGAUACAUUCUGUUCUCCAGACCCUGAUUCUGGAUACCAGUGUCCAGCUGGUAUGAAGUGUAUGAAACUCAAUCUAUCCAAGUACAUUAUGGGAUUUAAUGGUUUUGAAGAAUUUACAACAAGCUUAUUCACGGUCUACCAGGCAUCUUCACAAGAGGGUUGGGUAUUUAUAAUGUAUAGAGCCAUUGAUUCCUUGCCUACAUGGAGAUCUGCUCUUUAUUUCAGCACAAUGAUAUUCUUCCUUGCCUGGCUAGUAAAGAAUGUUUUCAUAGCUGUCAUUACUGAAACUUUUAAUGAGAUCAGAGUCCAGUUCCAACAGAUGUGGGGUGUAAGAAACCCCAUAACUAAAGGCAGCACUACACAGUUUUUCACGGGUGACGACAAUGGCUGGAAACUGGUUACUAUUGAUGAAAACAAACAUUCAGGUACAGCACCAGAAUUCCUCCACAAAAUGCUGCGUUCUGCGUACUUCCGUCUAUUGGUGAUGGGUGUGGUUCUGGCAAACGGAGUGAUCACAGCCACGAUGAACUUUAAACACGAUGGCAACCCUCGGGAGUUUUUCUACGAAAAAUAUUAUUACAUUGAGAUCGCAUUUACAAUAUUUUUGGACCUUGAAGCAUUGAUGAAAAUAUGGUGUUUGGGAUGGAAAGGAUAUUUCAAACAUUCUGUUCAUAAGUUUGAAUUACUUCUCGCUAUUGGAACUUCUAUACACAUAAUUCCUCAGCUUUAUAUGUCAGCAUUUACUUACUUCCAGGUUCUCCGUAUAGUAAGAUUGAUUAAGGCAUCGCCGCUGUUGGAAGGAUUCGUGUACAAAAUCUUUGGUCCAGGCAAGAAGCUCGGCAGCCUUAUAAUAUUUACUAUGUGCUUGUUGAUUAUCAGCUCGUCCAUUUCAAUGCAGCUGUUUUGCUUUCUGUGCGAGUUUACCAAGUUUGAAACUUUCCCUGAGGCAUUCAUGUCUAUGUUUCAAAUAUUGACACAAGAAGCAUGGGUGGAAGUAAUGGAUGAGACGAUGGUACGAACUAGUCAGACGCUCACUCCUUUAGUGGCUAUAUAUUUCAUACUCUACCAUCUAUUUGUCACAUUGAUCGUGCUCUCGCUUUUCGUAGCAGUUAUUCUCGACAAUCUAGAGUUGGACGAAGACAUAAAGAAAUUGAAACAGCUGCGAUAUCGUCAACAGAGCGCGGAAAUUAAAGAGAGUCUACCAUUUCGCCUGCGCAUUUUCGAGAAAUUCCCCGAUAGUCCACAAAUGACCAAACUUCAUAAAGUUCCUGGAGACUUCAAUUUGCCAAAGGUUCGAGAGUCGUUCAUGCGACAGUUUGUAUGUGAAGUCGAUGGAGACGAGGAAGUGGGCGUGGUCGGCCGGACCACGGAGCCAGGAACAGACGUCACGCGGCGGGCGUUCGAAUAUAUCGGUGUCCAUAAGAUUGCCUUCCCCUAUCGCAAGCGUUGCCUCGUACCGACCUUGGUAGUCGCACCACCGUCGCAGCGACCCUGCCUGGCACUUCGCAAACAAGUGGUCGCUUCAAUCAUCAGUGAUUCAAAUAAUCACCGACGUCUUGUACUGGGUGACUCCGCGAUGUUGGGACCGGGCGGCAAGUCUGGACUCAAACCGCAAGGCACCAUCACCAGUGCCAAACAGCUUCGAGUUGACCAGAAAAAGUUUGGUUCGCGAUCUAUCAGGCGGUCCGUUCGCAGUGGAUCUAUUAAGCUGAAACAAACGUACGAGCAUUUCUUGGAGAAUGGCGAUAUAGGUGCGGCUUCUCGAGUGGUGCCAUCGUCCCGCGCUCGACCUCCGUACCUUGACAUACGUCUGCUGCAAGCAAAGAGGCAACAGGCUGAAAUGAGACGAAAUCAACGCGAGGAAGAUCUUCGAGAGAACCACCCGUUAUUUGAUACGCCAUUGCUGAUCGUGCCUCGGGAGUCGCGCUUCAGGAAGAUCUGCCGCGCGAUCGUCGACGCUCGCUACGAUGCGCGCCUGCGCGAUCCCGUCACUGGCAACGAAAGAAAAGUGCAUUACAAGAGUUUCCACAACUUCUUGGGUUUGGUAACAUAUUUGGAUUGGGUCAUGAUUAUGGCUACGACUUUAUCUUGUCUGUCCAUGAUGUUUGAAACGCCUACCUACAGAGUGAUGGAAAAUUUCGUAUUACAGAUUGCUGAAUAUGGAUUUGUGAUCUUCAUGAGUUUGGAACUAGCACUUAAGAUACUUGCGGAUGGACUGUUCUUUACUCCCAAAGCUUAUCUCAAAGAUGCUGCGGCUGUAUUAGACGUUUUCAUCUAUAUUGUAUCAUUGACGUUUCUAUGCUGGAUGCCACGCAGCGUUCCUCCGGGCUCCGCGGCUCAGAUGUUGAUGAUCCUCCGCUGUGUACGGCCACUCCGGAUAUUUACACUCGUACCGCAUAUGCGCAAAGUUGUGUACGAAUUGUGUCGCGGAUUCAAAGAGAUUUUGUUGGUAUCGACUCUCCUAAUUCUACUCAUGUUCGUGUUCGCAAGCUAUGGUGUACAGCUAUACGGUGGACGACUGGCUCGGUGCAACGACCCCACGAUAACGAGACGCGAAGACUGCGUCGGAGUGUUCAUGAGACGAGUGUUCGUCACUAAAAUGAAGAUACGACCCGGCCCGAAUGAAACCUUCCCGUCUAUGCUUGUCCCUAGAGUUUGGGCAAAUCCGAAGCGAUUCAGUUUCGACAACAUUGGAGACGCGUUACUGACGUUGUUUGAAGUUCUAUCGUUCAAAGGCUGGCUGGAUGUGAGAGACGUAUUGAUAAAAGCUUUGGGUCCGGUACAUGCAAUAUAUAUUCACGUGUACAUAUUCUUGGGCUGUAUGAUUGGUUUGACGCUGUUUGUCGGUGUAGUGAUUGCUAACUACUCGGAGAACAAGGGGACAGCCCUCCUUACUGUUGACCAGAGACGCUGGUGCGAUUUAAAGAAGAGAUUGAAAAUCGCUCAGCCACUACACUUGCCUCCGCGGCCUGAUGGGCGGCAAAUCCGCGCCUUCGCCUAUGACGUCACUCAGAACCUCAGCUUUAAACGAGUCAUCGCGUUUGUCGUACUCAUCAACAGUGGCCUGCUGGCUGUUACUUGGUCCCGUCAAUCAUCGCAUACGGAAUAUUUGGCUCUGACUUCUGCACUUCUGACAUUGGUGUUCGUGGUGGAAGUAUUGUUGAAGACCAUAGCAUUUACUCCGCGCGGGUACUGGCAGUCCCGGCGGAACAGAUACGACCUGCUCGUCACCGUCGCUGGGUGCAUCUGGAUAUUCAUACACUUUAUACUCAAGAAUGACCUAUCAUACUUCGUGGGAUUCAUGGUGGUAAUUCUCCGUUUCUUCACGAUCACGGGCAAGCACACCACGCUCAAGAUGUUGAUGCUCACCGUCGGAGUCAGCGUCUGCAAGAGUUUCUUCAUCAUCUUCGGGAUGUUUCUUCUCGUGUUCUUCUACGCGCUAGCCGGGACUAUCGUCUUCGGAAAUGUGAAAUAUGGGGAGGGCAUUGGAAGACGAGCGAACUUUAACUCGCCGAUCCACAGCGUGGCGAUGUUGUUCCGUAUAGUGACGGGCGAGGACUGGAACAAGAUAAUGCACGACUGUAUGAUCGCGCCGCCAUACUGCACGCCCGCAGACAACUACUGGGAAACAGACUGCGGGAACUUCACCGCGUCACUCGCGUACUUCUGCACUUUCUACGUCAUAAUUACAUACAUCGUACUCAAUUUACUUGUGGCUAUUAUCAUGGAGAACUUUUCUCUAUUCUACUCUAACGAAGAAGACGCGUUGCUUUCAUACGCCGACAUUAGAAACUUCCAGAACACUUGGAACAUUGUCGACGUACACCAGAAAGGCGUCAUACCAGUCAGAAAAGUAAAGUUCAUCCUUCGCCUGCUGAAAGGGAGACUGGAGUGCGACACACAUAAAGAGCGACUGUUGUUCAAAUACAUGUGCUACGAGCUCGAGAGGCUCCACAACGGCGAAGACGUCACCUUCCAUGACGUCAUUAACAUGUUAUCAUACCGCACUGUGGACAUCCGCAAGUCCCUGCAGAUGGAAGAGUUGUUGGCGCGCGAGGAGUUCGAGUUCCUUAUCGAGGAGGAGGUGGCCAAGCAGACCAUCCGCACCUGGCUCGAGGGGUGCCUCAAGAAGAUCCGUGCUAACAGCAGCAAACAACAAACGAGUUUGAUAACCAGUCUACGGAAAACUAAUGAACAAGUGGCGGACAUUAAUAAUGAAAAAGCUGACAAGGAGAAGAUGGAAGCCGAGGCACAGCUACCAACCGGCAAUGUUUGCCGCACAGAGAUCAGUGAAUCUGCAUCGCAACCUGUAAUGUCAAACAUUACGUCAUCGUUCUCCUCCUCUGGCUUGUUAGAUUCUUCUAAGAGGUCGUCUACUAAGGGUCCGUUCAAACGACCUGGCCUGCCGACAGUAGCUAUACCGAGACCAGAGAGUCCAGUUUCCAAGAAGUUAUACUUGCAACCCACGUUGAGCGACCCUCACCCCGCUCUUAACAAGAAACCACAACCGACGUCGAAGCCCAACAACCGGUCUCACAACAACACCAGCCCGGGCAGCGCGCCGGACCAGCCGCCGCUGCACGACGUGCACUCCUGGUGGGACACGCAGCUCGCACGUGGGGCCCUCUGUGACUGUAACUAGCAGCCCCACAACCAUCUACUCAUACGAGCCAACGGAUAACAUAAAGUUAGGUUUAUAUUGAGCAACUUACUGGCAUUACUAUUAACAAGUCAAGUUACUGAAGCAAGAAUUUAGUCGUUAUUAUGAGCCAUGUCAGGUGUGUUUGGCAAUAUUGACACCAGUAUUGGUGAGGUCGAUAAUCGUGGACGGCAUCGAAGAUCCGAGAUCUUGAAAUGUUUUUUGCAGAUGACACGCCACAACAGGUGGAAAAAUAUCAGAAAAGUUAACCACCCCACCACGAGGGACUAAUGCAAAAGAGUAGGAGAGAUGUCAGUGUGUGAUACUCAUACUAACUUGCCUUGUCAGUUACUUAAUGUAAAUCUGCCAUUAGUGUACCUUGUGCUGUUCUCAAAAACUCUAGUGAACGAAACACUGCCUAACGUUUUCAAUAGAAAGUCAUCGAAGAAAAACUUCGCACAAAAUACAUGUAAGUAUUCUUCCAAAAAUCACUUAUGAUAUCACUUAAAUUGUGAUAUAAUUAAUAAUAGCAGUAGGAUUAGGAGUAUUUUUGAUCGUCUAUUGAUUUUUGAUUAUGAACACCGAUACAAACGUUCUCUUUUUUAACGGUUGGUUGGAUGCUUGUCAUUACAGCUCGUACAUGGUCCAAAUAAAAAAUCUGAUAUCUUAGGGAUUCAGGCAUCAGGGGUAUAGGGGUGUCUUUUGUUAUUAAAACACGUAUACAAAUAAGUCUGUAGUCGAAUAGAAUGCUGUUACUUCAAUUUGUUAAAAGCUCGUUUCUGCAGCAGCGUCUAAUUAGUAACUGAGACAUUUUCGUAACUACUUUUAAUGAAAUAAUAACGGAUUAUGGAAGUUUUAUCAGAUCAUAUUCAGUCCAAACAUUAUUCACAGAAACAUUAGCAAGACAGUGUCACAAGACAACAACUAUCAAUUCCAGCCAUCGACAAGCACACCAAUGAGUCCGUGCUUGAUACCCCGUCUCGUUUUUCUGGCUAAGCUAAGCCAAUAAGAGCGCUCAGCUUUUUUAUUCGGGGCUUGAAUAGCGGCUUGGUCAGGAAGUCGGCGAGUUGCUUCGCUGCUUCGACUUUCAAUACUAUGAGGCUUCCUGAAGUCGCGGUCGUGCACGAAUAAGUGUCUAAUUUGGAUGUGCUUCCUCCGUUGAUGCCAUCAUAUGAUGGGUCAUGGGCUAGGCGUAUCGCAGACUCGCUAUCGAGAAAUAGUUCUGCAUCGACUUGUCCAGAUACUAUGAACUCUACUAUUUUCUUCAGCCAUAUGACCUUUUUGGCCGUUUCGCUGGCCCUCACUAUCUCGGCUUCUGUUGAGGAAAUCGCAACUGUACACUGCCUUUUGCUUUUCCAGGCAAUUGCUCCUCCUUAAUUUAGGCAGACCAUUCCGGAAGUAAAUUUCCCUAUAGUAGGAUCACCUGCAUGAUCUGCAUCGCUAUGGCUUAAGCAGACAUUUUGACGCAGUUGAAUUUUGGCAGGUAAUCCCAUGAUUCCUUAGUUAGUUGAUUGAUUAGUGCCUGUAAUGUAGCGUAAGAUCCUCUUCACUCUCGCCACAUCCUCAGGUUUGGGAUUGUCUAAUGUUCUUGAGACAACACUAAGAAAGUGCACCCACCACUUGUUUAUAGGGGAAUGUAGCUUAUUUUCUCUCAUUUUCUUGUAGAAUAACAUCUUUUGCAAUCGGUGUCACAACAGCUUUGCAGUCCUGCAUUAUUGAGCCUCUAUAGUAGUCGCUUAGCGUAGCUCUUCUGAUCAAUUUUGCUUGAUCUAUUUCUCAGUUCACUCAAAAAUCUUUAACGAAAUAAUAACCGAUUUUGGAAGGUUUCUCAGAACAUAUUCAGUCCAAACAUUAUUCACAGAAACAUUAGCAAGACAGUGUCACAAGUCAACAACUAUCACUAGUCAUCGACAAGCACACCAAUGAGUCAGUUGCUGAACACCUAUUAGUGAGAAACUGAGCAUCCAAGGAUAUACACCCAUGGGAUUCCUUACAUAGUUCAAUUUCAAUGUGUGAAUAACAAAAUUAAUUUUAUUUCUUUGGCCUGUGACAUUUGGCUACGGCAUGGCGCUUAAGCUUCCCAUUAUUUUUCGACAUUCCUUUUUUUUGUUCAGUGAGGAUUCAGUUGUUGCGGCCACUCUCUUUAAAUAGUCCUUUCAUGCCAUGUAUGCAUCAAUCAGUCUCUUAUUUCCCCAAGGUCUUCAUUAAUUAAUCUUGCUUUUUCUCAGUCACUAUUUGAUUCUCCGACUUUUAAGUGUUAUUUCCACCAGUUACUUAACACCGCCCGGGCGUCGGGCUCUGCUGAAUUGCGUUAAUUAGUCCGUAUGUCAGAGUGUCUUUCCCCGUUUUUAUUUCUUGGAUGAGAUAUAGAUAAGCACGUAUCUUUUCUUUACCGUCCUGUUUUACUUAAAAACCACCACCUAAUCAGCGUGGUAUACAUCUUGUGCCACACAUUGACCAUUUCGGUGAUUGUAAAACUUUCGUCAAGUGUUCAAACGCAUUUGGAAUGUAUCCAUUCCGUUCCAGUCAUAUUGAGCUUAUAUUAAUGAUUGUUUGGUUCUUUUUUCUUAGAGUCAAUUAGUUUUCUAUCCCCCUUGGCGUAAUGAGUGGUGCUGAAUUGCGUUAGUUUCCACCCCGUGUUUCAAGUCGCCUUGCAUUUAUUAUAAUGUUCAGUUUGCAAAGUCAAUCAUUAUUUGGGCAACCUUUGUCCAUCCAAGCUUCUAUCAUAUUCUUCUCACAGGCUGUUUGUCUUGCACCGUUUUUAUUUCUUAGACGAGGUACAGAUAUGCAUAUCUUACCUCAACAUCAUAUUUUACUUUAAUAUUAUAAUUUUAAUAAAAAUAUGAUGUACGUCGGUAAUCGCAGUCCGCAGUCGAUUUGGAAAACAGAUCCCAUUCACUUAAAUUGAUAAUGGUAAUUCAUUUUAAUUGACAUUUUAUUUUGUAUCUUCCACGGCCACAAAAUAAAAAAUCAAAACAUACCUGUUGUUACUUCACCAACCUCUAUUAUAUUUAUUCAAUUAUUCAAAGUAUGAUGUCGGGAUCCCCGAGGAAUCAGAUUAUUGAUAUUUUGCCAAGUCAAAGAAAUGGAAUAACGAACGCCUUUCUUAAAAGUAUUUUUUGUUAUAUUUUAUUACGGAGUCGAAAACUCACUGUUAUUUAAACAAUAUGAGAAUUUAAUACAGUUAACGUUUUCGAGUAUUUAGUAGGGUACCUAUAAGAAAGUAUUGUAUUGAAGGAAAUGAAUUAGAAAGAUCUAGUUAGGUAUAGAAGCCCCAAUGUGUUUAAAACAAAACUUAGAUUUUUUUGUAAUUUUUUUAUGAUGAUGUUCUUUAAAUGGUGCCUAUAACCUAAUUAUUUUAAAAGUUAUAGGGGUUAUUUAAAAAUAAUUUAAUAGCGCGUUGAUGAGAAAAAUCGUCCAGUUGAAAAAGAAAGGCAUUUUGUAUAAUUUUUAAAUAACUUAUGAGAGAAGGGCUAGCUAACACGUAUGGGCGAUUUCGAUAACGUUGAAAGGUAUGCAACGCCAUAUUCCAGGCCUGUGUUAUUUAUUCUAGGGCGAUGAGAGAAAUCACUCGUGCGCAGUCACUCUAACAAGUCUUCGUACGUAGUUACGUCAUUGUAGUUUUAUGCAAACAAAGAGAAUAACAGAGUAACUGUAACGUUAUGCACUUAUGCAUGACGACUACUUAAUAUAUUUUUAAACCGUAUCCUGCAAAUAUUAUUCAUUAGUGCCAACUGCCAUUACUAUAACUGAUACAAUUGUUCGGGCACUGGUACUCCAAGAUUACCAAACGCAUAGACCAGUCAUAAAAUGGCGUAAAAUCAUUUGUUGCAUGUAAUGCGCGGUACAAAUAUUAGUUCUGUAACAACUGGACUAUGCCGCCCGUAAUCUUGGCCUUACGUAGUGCGACCGCCUUAAAUAUUGUUAUUAAAAUAAGAAUAAACGUUAAUAAAUU